GUCCUCCUAAUUCCUAUAAUAUUUCCUCGGCCAUGAUUUGUAAUAUUAUGAUUGUUUACAAACGUACGAUUGUUGCCUUGUCUAAACCGGAUUUUCACUUAUAAGCCUACCACCAAACUGUUUCGGUUCUGUUUUGGAUGUUAUAUAACAGUAGUUUACUUGAUCAUGGUUACUUCACAUGUCACGGGCUAGUAGCAGUCGACCACAUCCUAACGACGGUGAAGGUUAAACGUGGCCUACGCUAGCCUCUUUAUUCACCCUUUCGAAAAUUCAGUCCUUGGUUCGAACAGUGUUAUGCUGUUGAUACUACCCUUAUGGACGUGGCUGGUAGCGUGUGGUCUCGCAGGGGUGGCGAUCGUCGGAUAUCCGGUAUCGGCCGACAGGGGCUGCGUCCUCCGGAAGAACUCGGGUCUACACCAGACCAUAGGGCUAGCUAUGCUGACAGACUUGUUUGGCGAAACGCUUAUGACUGAAUCAAAUGAAAAAACUUAUUACGUGUCGAUAUGUCGAAGAAUACCACUUAAUGAUACCACAAGUUUAGCUGGAGCUGUAAAGUAUAACUCUAAAGGAGAAUACGUAGUUUUGGGUGAAAUCGAUCAAGCCGAAGUCGUCGUCAAUGAGGAAAUUAUCGUUCUUACGUACAAUGGGAGUGAGGUUAAUACAAAUUUAAACGAUGAAUGCCAUGGGAACAGAUGGAAAACACAACUCACUCUUAUGUGUGACCCAUACGCGAUUAAGGACACGCUGAAGUUAGUGGACGAAGAUCUUGAUCAAUCUGAAAUAUGUCAGAUAAAGUUUGAAAUACUAACUUUAAAAAUAUGUCGACGGAACUCAAGUGUUGUCAUAAGAACUCCAAUUAUACAGGAUAAAUACAACAAUUUACCGUUAGUUAUAAAUAGAUCUCACAUCAACAAUACUCAAUAUAACAAUAAUAACAGUAAUAAUAGAAAUAUAGUCAAUAAUAUAAACGAGAAUAUUUUUAAAAACUAUCGUCAUUAUGGAUUUGCAUACAUUCAAAACAAUUCAAAACAACCAAAGUUACAUCAAGACGAUUCGAGUAAUUAUAUUCGUGAACCAUAUUUUAAGAGGAGAUUGAUGAUGAAUACAGAAAUUCCCACACUCGUCAAGCAAUCGUCUCAAAACUUAUCUCAGGGGAUUGACGAAGUGAAUGACGAACUGACAAGUAUUUUUGUAAAAUUAAUCGAAACAUUUAUCCCGAAGCCUAUUUUUGUUAUAGGUAUGGUGGCGUUGACCGUAUAUUAUCGGUGUUUUUCAACAUUUGAGUCUAUAGUAGGAAAGCGUAAAAAGUCGCAGCCCAGUAAAAAUGCUCCCUCAUUAAAGGCAAGUCAUAGAAACCAUCGUAAAAAUAGGGGAAAACCCAAAAAAAAUAGAAGAAGAUCCCAAAUGUCAUGUAAAACAUUAUCAGAUGUCUGCGAAGUAACAAUAAGUGUUCCUAUCAAGGAAACUGAUAACACAUCCUACGUUUCGGGUGAAUCAGAUGACCUAAAACACAGCGACCAACAAGAGUUCAAAGAAGGCAAACCGGACGACUAUCUUAUCGGUUCAAAGCAAUGUGGCAUGGACAUUGGUCUGGGAGACGAAGUCGUCGAUUUGGAUUUAUCUGUCGUUGAAAUAGAUGAAAAAAACGAACAAGAAGGAGAAGACGAAUUCAUUGGAGACGACAACGCCGACGUUGAGGUCAAUAAUCCGGAUCAUUACGAGGGGAAAGAAAAGGAUAACGUUUCUCAGGGGGCAACUAGACAUUUUUUUCUAAAAAUAAUCUGGAAGCCAAUUUGGAUUGUAAUUGGGUUGGUAGUUAUCGCUAUCAUAAUGCUGAUACUGGAUAUACCGUUGGGUAGCUUUAUAUUUUGCAUACUCUGGAUUUGGUGUAUGUUUAAACUGUGUAAACCGGGGCAGAAAAAGAAAAAAAUUGAUGAAAAUACUCCCCUAAUUCCGGAUAAAGAUACUUCAAAUGAAAGAGAAACACAAAACGAAGGGGUUUUCCCCAUCAUUUUUGAAGAGGAAAUCGCUCCUCCGGUGGAAACCAGACCAACAGCUGUCUACGAUGAACAGAACAAAUCAGUAGAAGUUUGGAUUGCUGAUGAGACUGAAGAUUCAGCCAAGGUGUCGGGAGAAUCAAAUAUCCAAAAAGAAAGCGAUGAUCCCGUUCCCAAAGAAGGUACAUCGGACGGCUCCCACAUCGAUUUGGACAAAGGCAUGAGUGUGCCAUUUCAUUUAUCUCAGGUGGCAACUGGAUCUACAGCUGUCCACAGUGAACAGAGCACACCGGCUGGCACUUCGACAACUGAAGAUAAAACAGAUAUAUCGGGUGAAUCUGCAUUGGGGCAAAUCACCCGAAAUUACUAGGAGGCUUAAACACCCAAUAAACUUUUAAAAAAACAGAAUGGCUUUGCCCCUUCUUACACUGUAGUAGUGCAAAUUCCGUACCAUUCUAUACCUCUAAAAGUUAAAUUAGUUAUAACAUUUUGUGAAAAACAAAUUGUUUUUAUUUAUUAUUAAGUAAUUAUAAACUAUUAAAACAAUAUUAUAGAUUUUUAUGCGGCGGUCAGCAUAUUUAUUUAAACCAAAAUAGCUAAUUAGUUAAUAAUUGCCACAAUUUGAUUUUAGAAAUUUUAAACUAUUGCUUAAACGUUUUAAAACUUAUUUCAACUGCUAAAGGCAUUUAAACUCAACAGUUGAUACCAAACAGUGAGUAUUAAACAAAAAAAUGAUAAAUUUUGAUUUUCAUCCUUUAAAAUAAUAUAUAUUACAAUCACCUUUUAUAGAUAUAGA